AACUACCAAGUUCAGAAGGAAAAAACGUGUCGUACUGCUGUCGGUUUUUGUGCAAUCACCCGGUUGUAGAUUAACAGUUUCAAAAAGUAGUUAUUCGUUCCGUUCGGAAGUGAAUUGAAUCAGUACGAAUAAUUGUCAGCGACCUCAAUGCCAAUUUCUAAUGAACAGAAAACCAUUGAAAUUCUGCGAGCAACGGAGCGCGUUGCAGAUCAGGUUCUGAUGCUAAAGCAAGAACUGAUAGCCCUUGACAAGCGACGCCAGGAGACUCGAGAAGCCGUUCGCACCAUUAGGAAUAGUUUUCCCCGUGACGAUGCUAAAGUUUGGAUUACUGUUGGCUCGAUGCUGAUGAAAAUGAACAAAGCGAAAGCGCUGGAACUGCUGGCGAAAGACGCCGAACAUAUAGAGCAGGAAAUAAAAAAAAUCCGUACCGAGCAGAAAGUUCUCGUCAGUAAACAGCGCGAUCUAGAACAUGAUUCGCCUUUGAGGGGGUUUGAUUUGAAGCCGCUUUCAGCCGCAGAGAUUUCCGCCAUCAAAGCAAAUGUACCCGGGUUUUAGUUUAUGUAAUCACAAUCGAACCUAUUCUGAAUAUUAAAUACAUGAAUGAAGGCAAAA